AUGUCGCCAGACACACUUUCAUUGGCUUCUAAAGUCGCGAUUGUUACCGGCUCUGGUCGUGAAAAUGGCAUUGGGGCAGCUAUUGCUCGAGCACUUGCCCGCAACGGUGCUGCGGUUACCAUCCACUAUGUCUCAGACUCCUCAGCCUCACGAGCCGCCAAAGUAGCGCAGGGGAUUCGCGACAAUGGAGGCAAGGCAACUGUGGUCCAAGCGGAUGUCAUAAACAACGCGGGAGGAAAUAAACUUGGACGUCUUCUGGAUGUAUCACCGGAAGAGCUGGGCUGGAGCUUUGCCCUCAAUACGUUUGGGCCUCUCUACAUGGCGCAAGCCGUCGUUGAACAAGGGAAGAUGCCACAAGGCGGCCGCAUCAUCAACAUCGGCACGGCAGGGUCCAAAAUGGGCGCAAGUGGACUGGGUAGCUAUCUCAUCAGCAAGGCAGCCCUAGACAGUAUGACGGAAAUUUUGGCCCAAGAGCUUGGUCGGACCCAUGACAUUACGGUCAACACAGUUGCUCCAGGUCCUGUCAAGACUGACUUGCUCAUGGAGACUAAUAAGGUCCUUGGGGUAGAUUUUACGGAGUUAUUGAAAGCUAAGCAAAGAGGCUCUGAUCGUCUUGCGGAUCCAGAGGAUAUAGCAGAUGUGGUGGCCUGGGUUGCGAGUGAAAAGGCAAGGUGGAUUACAGCGCAGUUCAUCUCGGCCAGCUCUGGGCUUACUGGAACCAUGUAA